AUUAGCCGAUCRUAUCAGGUAGCUGGAUGCUAAUGUUAUCAAACAGGUUGUUCGCCACCAACGAACAGAUAAAUGUUGCAUUGUUGUUACGAAGCCUUUAAGGACAAACGCAAGCCCAGGUGAAAAAAAAAAGCGAAGAUGUGACUACAUUAAAAAAAAAAACCGGCACGACAUACGCACUAAAAUGGACAUGGAGAGCAAGCUGACAUCCACUGCCUCGGCUACUGACCAUAAAUAUUACAUGAGACAGAGAAGAGAGGCUGUUGAUCCGCACACAGACUCAACACCUCUGAUCCUGCCAAAUCCAUACGAGUCCAAACCAGCCUUAACAAGGAACUGGUCAGGUUUUAGCCCAAAACCAUCAGGAAAAGGAGGAGAUGGUUCAAGGAGUCAUGGCUACAGCAGUCACCGUCCUGUGGCAUCAAAAAGGGGCAAUGACUCUCAGGGAAGAAACUCUGUGAAUGCACAGAAAAAAGGUUCUGAAGGUAUCAGGUCGGCCCCGAACCCCGCGAGGAAGUCGGCGCAGGCAAACUUUGUCCCGUUUGAAGUGAAAAUGGCUGAUUUUCCAGCGUUGGCUGGAGAUUCAUUGUCGAAAACGGCUCAUCCUGCAGCUCAGACAGAACAUCGGGGUCGUAGUUAUCAAACCACAAGCCCACAAACUCUGGCAACUUCCUGGAAGUCAGGCUCAAGAGGAUCCGCAGCACAAGUUGACACUUUGCAAAAUGCUACUGAUGCUAAAGUCACUACCCCUUUUAACUCAACAGGUCAACCAGUGGUGACGUCCUGGGCUAAUAUUGCCUCUCAGCCUCCAAAAAUCCAACCUGUUGUUCCAGACGGGACAGUUGGCGGCGCUGUCAUGCAGGCAGAAGACUUGGCUGCGGCGAAUGAAAACGGAGCCGCAGGAAAGAAAAAACGACGAAAAAAGAAGAAAACCAAAAGUAGUGGUGAGGGUGCGGAAGCUGAGUCAGAAGACCCGAUAAAACCUCAAGAACCUCCAAAAUUUGAGGAUGAAGAGGAGUUUCCAGGCUUGGCUGUCGCUUUAACCGGCUCUAAUAGAUUUAUACCCAGCAGCAAAACAAAGCUUUGCAGUGAGGAAAACCAAAGAGACGUAGGUCAGCAUCAUCUUGUUGAACAGAACAAGGAAAAGUUCUCUUCAGGAAAAACUCAGCCCACAGAAGCAGCGAAAAAGGAGCAGAAAGCAGAGAAAGUUUCGGGGAAAAAGAGCAAAGCUCCUGUUCAGCUGGAUAUCGGAAACGUAUUGGCAGCUCUGGAAAAGAAGCAACAAUCUCAAAAGUCCAAACAGGACACUAAGCCUGUUGUUCUCUCAGUUGGUGGAGGACUUCCUGUUUUCCAGAAGCAACCUUCUGCUCUGAAGAAGCCUCAUAAGCAGCAGGACAAAAUCGCACACAAUCCCUUGGACUCGACAAGUCCUUUAGUGAAAAAAGGCAAGCAAAGAGUGAAUCCUAAAGCCAAGAAACCCACUCCUCUUAAAAAGGUCAUUUUGAAAGAGAGAGAAGAGAGGAAACAAAAACGUUUGCUAGAGGAGAGAGGUUUGCUGCCGGAAAACGAGUCCAAACUCGCCGAUGGUGCUGAGGAAGAGCAGAACGCCGCCGCCGCAGAUGACAGUUUUGCACCGGGAUUUGAUGAUGAUGAGGAUGAUGCACAGUUAUGCGUUACAAAUUCAGUCGUGGAGGAAGAAGAAGAAGAAAAAGAAGAUGGUGAUGAAGAAACUGAUAAAGAUGAGUCAGUGCAGCCGGAGGUCACAUCAGCUGAACUCCAGCAAGCCCCUGUACCAAAAAUCCACAGCAGGAAGUUCAGAGACUACUGCAGUCAGGUGCUGAGCAAAGACUUGGACGAGUGCGUGACGUCGCUGCUGAAGGAGCUGGUCCGUUUCCAGGAUCGCCUGUACCAGAAGGAUCCGAUGAAGGCCCGCAUGAAGAGGCGGAUCGUGAUGGGGCUUCGAGAGGUGCUGAAGCACCUCAAACUCAAGAAGGUCAAGUGUGUCAUCAUCUCGCCCAACUGUGAACGAAUCCAGUCGAAAGGUGGCCUGGACGAGGCUCUCCACACUAUUAUCAGCAUGUGUCGUGAACAGAGCGUACCCUUCGUGUUUGCACUUUCCAGGAAAGCUUUGGGCCACUGUGUCAACAAGGCCGUGCCCGUCAGCCUGGUGGGCAUCUUUAACUACGACGGUGCGCAGGACUACUAUCACAGGAUGAUCGAGUUGUCCUCCGAGGCCAGCCGAGCCUACGAGGUGAAGCUUUCGAGCCUGGAGCGGACGGAUCCAGAGGAGGACCCAAGCUCAGAAUCGCCACCGCCGUUGAACGACUUCGCCGAGGAUCCGAACCCCGGUCCCGACGAGCCAGAGUACAUGAAAUUCUGGAAGAAGGUGUUGGAGAAGGACAGCAGCUGCACGUUGUUCAACUUUGAGGAGCAGCUCAGAUCCUUGCACUUGGACAGUGAAUGUACAGAGAACACUGAGCAGGAGGAGAGUUGAUGGCUGAAAAGCCUUCUGUGCCUAAAAAAAAAUAAUAAUAAAAAAUAAUGCAGGCUGCGCUUGUUCAAGACUUGAUUAGGUAAAUGCAAWUGAUGCUUUUAUUAGCAGUUGUUUUGUUUAAGUGAACCAGGAGAGAACCGAUCACAUCGUUCAGGUAUGUUGUUUGUGGCCCCGCCUGAAGAAUGUGUAAUGUUUUAUUUGUAAAAUUGUAACAGUUACAGAAUACUAAUGAUCAGGGAUGAUUUACCACUACAUGUUGGGAUUUUAUUUUAUUUUUUGGUAUAUAAAUGGGAGAUGAUACGAAAUGUAAUAAAUUGUCAGAUGAUCUUCAACACAAAACAGGCAACAGUUGAUGAGGGGAAAAGAAUAGCUGUCUUUCUUUGUAAACAAGUCUGCUUAGGAAAUUACUGAACUCAAUAUUUAUAAAAUAUGUUGUUGGAGAAAACGACGGAAAAACUUUAUAGAAGCUUCGUACUUAAUCACGAUACGGGGAUACUGAAAUUCAGGCUUAGGUUGUAAAAAAUAGUGAAGGAAAGUCUUAAAGAACUUAGUUUUCACUCAUUUAGUUUAUAACUUAUUUUAAAUCAACAUGCAGACGUCUAACGAAUUUAUCAUUGGGUUCAGUUUAAGUUCAUAUAUUUUAUUACCUGAAUUCAUGUUUUCUACUAAUUCAUAGGCUGUUUUUUUAAUUUACUUUGAUGCACAACCUGACCACAAAAAUGUGUUUGGCAGAAAAAACAAAUAUAAAGAAAUGAGCAGUCAAACCACUGUUAUCCCACAUGAUGAUGAUGGGGGAGGGGGGGUGACGUUAUUAAAAAAAUAUAUAUAAAGGUAACCUGAUUUGCUGGUUGACAAUCAUGUUAAAUGAAGCAAUAAAUGAAGAAUGCUCUAA